AUGUUCAAAUUCUUCGCUCUGUGCCUCUUCGCCGUCGUGGCCUGUGUGGCGGCCAAGCCCGCGGUGAUUGCCCCACUGGCGUACAGCGCCUACUCCUCCCCCCUGGUGGCCGCCUCCCCCUACUCGUCUGCCUACACCGCCGCCUACACAGCCCCCGCCUACGCCGCCUACUCCGCGUAUCCCUAUGCGUCCGCCUACUCCGCAUACCCCUAUGCCGCCUACUACCGCUAA